AUGAAAGAUGGAUUCAUAACCCACAUUAAGUCACAUACCGAACUUCAAGACACAGUUUCUAGAAGGAAAGAGAAGUAUUCUAAGUUAGGCGUAACUCUACAACCCUUAAUCAUUAUUGUUGGGCCAAAUUGUAAUGAGAUUUCACAAUAUUUUAUAUUGGUAGAUGAUACAUAUUAUGUUUUGAAUUCUAUUUUAACCGCGGUUGACUGUUGCUUUAUAAUAAUUCAUGCUUUAAACCUGCAGUACCCUUAUGAAAGUUUGCCAGUUUGGACGUUAAUUCAAAAAGGGUUUUAUAAAAUUGAAACAUUGUGGGACACUGAGUAUGUUUGUAUAAAUGCUCUAUUAAGUGAUUUAGGCAUCAUUAUUGAGUCUUCUCAACAUAAUAAGUAA